GUGUGUGUGUGUGUGUGUGUGUGUGUGUGUGUGUGUGUGUGUGUGUGUGUGUGUGCAUUCCCAGAACUAAGGUACAUUUUUGCAUUUGGUUCCGCUUAAUUCCGGAGUUGGCUUUGCCCUCCCACUCUGAGCCGAGCCGUCGGCUGCCGCCAUGUAAUCUGGCAGAUUAAGCGCAAAACUUGUUCUCUGCGGACUGGGAGCGAGCGGGACUGAGAGGGGAGUUUCUGCCUCCGCCUUCUAAAUAAAACCACCGGCUGCUUUGGGGCGAAUCGACCUCGCCUCUGUGUGUGUGUGAGUGAGUGUGAGUGUGAGUGUGUAUCCCGGAGUGUGUGUGUGUGUGUGUGUCGGACAUCGCCAACUCUGGGGUGAACAGGAACCCGAACAAACUCCGAGGAGAAGUCCUCUCCCGUCUCCGCGCCAACCCGCCGGGUAGAAGUGACGUUUCAGGUCGAGACCCUUCUUCAGAGAAGUAUAUAACAUUAUGUGUGCCGUGGAUAGAGGGGUGUGUGGAUCGAGCUGCCAGAUGAGGUAGUUGAGGCAGCAUUUAAGAGACACUUGGACAGCUGAUGUUGGCGAUGCCGGCCGGGAUGUUCAGCAUCGACAGCAUUUUAUCGGGAGCCGGGUCGCACGGGUGUAAGGACACGGCGCUUGUCCACGCCGCCCCGCUGCCGGGGUACCCGCCCGGAGACUCGCUCUGUGCCGCCACUGAAUACCUGGGACUAUAUUCGCCCAGCGUGGUCCAGCCGCCGCCGCCGCCGCCGCCGCUGACACCUCCACACCCCGGCCUGGCCGUGGGGGCAUCGAGGAUCGGUUACAACUAUUACUACCUGCCCGGCACCCCCAGGGUCCCGUGUUGCAGCGCCGUGUCCAACUGCCAGCCCAUCAACACUCGCCACUGCUCCUGCCUUACAUCAGGGUUGGAAGGGGCAGCAUCAGCGUACCUCUCCCCCGUCGGGCCGCAGGUGUUGCCCUACGUCAGCCUGGGCGCUCUGUCCCGCAGCGAGUUGCAGCUGCUCAACCAGUUGCACUGCAGGAGAAAGCGGCGACACAGAACCAUCUUCACCGACGAGCAGCUGGAGGCCUUGGAGAACCUCUUCCAGGAGACCAAGUACCCAGAUGUGGGCACCAGGGAACAGCUGGCGCGCCGGGUACAUCUCCGCGAGGAGAAAGUGGAGGUGUGGUUUAAAAACCGCCGAGCCAAAUGGAGGAGGCAGAAGAGGUCGUCCUCUGAGGAAUCGGAUUCCCAGAAGUGGAUUAAAACUUCCAAACCCACACCGGCGGGAAAGGCUUUGAGGGAAGAAACGGCGGGAGCCCCAGAGAGUGAAGUAGACUCAGACAGCUGAUAACACGGCCACUCUCACCACCAACAUUCCCGCACAUUGUCCAGCUAGUCGACUGAGCUCGCUGUAAAUACUGUACAUAUACAUAUUCUAUAUCGGCGUGCGUGUGUGUGUAUGUGUGUGACCUUUUUUGUUUUUAUUAAUAAAAAGCCUGUUGAGAU